UUUGACAUUUUUCAAUUUUCCCAAAAAUUUGAAAAUCAUUGCUAUUAGUACAAUUAGUAAUAUCUAUUAUCUACCCUCAAUAAUAUUGUUAUUCGCUUAAGUAGGGCCAUUUAUGUAAUUAAUAUUUAGUCCAACUAAGUUAAAUAGAAUCAUUAUUACUCUACUAUAAAAUGGCAGAUUAUUUUUCUGAAAUGGGCUGGAGGGAGCUAAGAGAUGGUGAGAGACCUUUGUUUCACAUAGAAUGGGGUAGACUAUUUGGAAUUUUUGGUGGAGAAGAUAAAAUACCUCCUCCUGCCUCUAAGGAGGCAGUUGAGUCAUUAGAAGAUGCAACAGUCACUCAAACAGGCACUCAAUGUCCAGUUUGCCUUAAAGAGUACACUACAGGAGAAUUAACCAAAAAAAUGCCUUGUAAUCAUGAAUUUCACCCAGGCUGUCUCUUGCUUUGGUUACAAAAGACAAAUUCUUGCCCAUUAUGUAGAUUUGAGUUACCUACAGAUGACGAAGAGUAUGAAGCGGAAAGAAAAGAAAAGAUAAGAGCAAAGGAAAGAGUACAUGAUUUAGAGAAUUUGCAUAAUAGCAUGUUUUCAUAGUACACUAUAUUUUAAAGUGUGUUUGUGGUUGAUGGGUUUCAUAUUUUAAUACAUUCCAAAGAUGUUCUCUAUAAUACUUUAAUGAAAGCAAGGGGUUAAAAUUUAAAGAAAACAAAUUAAGUAUUCA